GUCAUUUAAUGUUCCCUUAUAAAUGCUAGCUAGUUAUACUCAAAUAAAGCAAAUUUGAAGUGAAAGUGCUUGUAAUUUUGUUACAUAAUGUAGCACGACUCCUAUGUGAUAAGUGUAAUAUUUAUAUUUAUUAUCAGAAAGAUAAAAAUGCAUUUCUGAUACAAGACCUGAGAGGAGUGACGGCUGGUGACGGCAACAAAUUGAUGACAGCAAUUAAUAUUAUUAAGUUGGCAGUUGUGUGUUAAAUAAAAACAGUGUUUGACAUCUUAAAAUGCCCACUACUCCACAACAACUAUCACCUGUCGAGGAGCAGGAGAAGCUCCUUGACGAAGCACUGGCAACUGUUAAGAAUGAAGCAUUUAAAAUGAAGAGGUGCCUCGAUAAAAACAAGUUGAUGGAUGCCCUGAAAUCUGCCAGCGUAAUGUUAGGGGAGUUAAGGACUUCUCUUUUAUCUCCAAAAAGUUAUUAUGAACUAUAUAUGUCAAUAACAGAUGAAUUAAGACACAUGGAAUUGUUUUUGAUUGAUGAAUUUCAAAAAGGCAGGAAAGUGUCUGAUUUAUAUGAACUCGUACAGUAUGCUGGAAAUAUUGUACCUAGACUGUAUCUUCUCAUCACAGUUGGCCUGGUGUACAUAAAAUCAAAUCAAAUGUUUAGAAGAGAUUUACUAAAAGAUUUAGUAGAGAUGUGCAGAGGUGUGCAACAUCCUCUUCGUGGUCUCUUCUUACGUAAUUACUUGCUGCAAUGUACUCGCAAUGUUUUGCCCGAUGUACCCGAUUCCGAUUCGGAUAAUCCCGAGGGUACCGUGAAGGAUUCCAUUGAUUUCGUUCUGAUGAAUUUCGCGGAGAUGAAUAAGCUGUGGGUACGCAUGCAACACCAAGGACACUCCAGGGAAAGACAGCACAGAGAGAGGGAAAGAGAGGAAUUGAGAAUUUUGGUUGGUACAAAUUUGGUACGGCUCAGCCAGCUGGAAUCUGUAACACUAGAGAAGUACCAAAAGUCAGUUUUACCGGGAAUACUUGAACAGGUGGUUAGUUGUAGAGAUGCCAUAGCACAGGAAUAUUUGAUGGAAUGCAUCAUUCAAGUAUUCCCGGACGAGUUUCACAUUCAGACGUUGAAUCCCUUCUUGAAAUCAUGCGCAGAAUUAGAGUCCGGUGUGAAUGUAAAGAACAUAGUAAUUAGUUUGAUGGAGCGCCUGGCAACUUACAGCCAGAGGACUGAUGGUAUGUCCAUGGCGAACGAUUCAGGAAGUCCGAUGGGUGUCCCGAUGGAUGUUCAGCUUUUUGAGGUAUUUUCCGAGCAAGUAGCUUCGAUAAUUGCAACCAGACAAUAUUUACCUUCCGAAGACAUGGUGGCCCUUCAAGUGGCUCUAGUGAAUUUAGCUUUGAAAUGUUAUCCAGAUCGCGUCGACUACAUCGAUAAGGUGAUGCUAGGUAGUGUAGAAGUGUUCCAGCGACUAGGGUUGGAGCGCAUCGAGUAUAACGAGUUAGUUGCGAAAGAGCUUUCCAAAUUAUUGAAAAUCCCUGUGGAUCAUUAUAGCAAUAUUUUAACUGUGUUACAAUUGAAACAUUACGCUGCGUUGAUGCAACAUUUAGAUUACUACGGCCGUAAAUCGUUGAGUAUGUAUAUCUUAACGAAUGCGCUCGACAGUGAGACUGUAAUUCCCAGUCAAGAGGAGGUUGAGCAAGCGCUCAGUUUGGUCUCGACGUUGGUCACAGAUCAGAGUGACCAACCUGCGGGAGAAGUCGACAUGGAAGAGUUAGCCGAAGAACAAAGUCUCUUAGCUCGCCUCAUCCACCAAUUUAAAAGUGAAUCCGCUGAUCAGCAAUAUCUCAUCCUAAAUUCUGCCAGAAAGAUCUUAGGAUCCGGUGGACAGCAGCGCAUAAAACAUACAUUACCACCGUUAGUAUUCCAGGCGUAUCAAUUAGCAUUCAAGUAUAGGGAUUUGAAAGCUGAGGACGAUAUAUGGGAGAAGAAAUGCCAGAAGAUUUUCCAAUUUUGCCAUUCGACAAUCACGGCGUUAGUGAAGGCAGAAUUGGCUGAAUUGCCGUUGCGGCUUUUCCUUCAAGGAGCUCUUGCGAUCGAUCAAAUCGCUUUCGAUAACCAUGAGACUGUCGCCUACGAGUUCCUAUCUCAAGCCUUCAGUCUGUAUGAAGACGAAAUCUCGGAUUCGAAGGCUCAGCUAGCCGCGAUUACUUUAAUAGUCGGAACUUUGGAGAAGAUCAGUUGCUUCUCGGAAGAGAAUGCCGAACCUUUGAUUACGCAGUGCGCUUUAGCAGCAAGUAAACUGCUGAAGAAACCUGACCAGUGUCGAGGUGUUGCCACCUGUUCUCAUCUACUCUGGAGCGGGAAAACGUUGGCGAGCAACAAACAAGAGAUGCACGACGGGAAGAGAGUGGUGGAAUGCCUCAAAAAGGGUGUUAGAAUAGCCAAUCAAUGCAUGGACAUUAGUGUUCAAGUACAGUUGUUCGUUGAGCUGUUGAACCAUUACGUUUACUUCUACGAGAAUGGCAACGAUCAGGUCACUGUGCAAAUGCUCAAUCAGCUGAUAGGAAAGAUACGCGAGGAGAGUCCGAACCUUGAGAGCUCGGAGGAAACCGAGCAAAUAACCAAACAUUUCAACAAUACUCUGGAUCAUCUUCGGGCGCGCAUCGAAAAUCCCGAAACCGAUGGCGUGUCGUACGAGGGAAUAGAAAUCUGAAGAACCAAAAAAUAACUAAAAUUACAAAUUUACAAACAGCAAAUUAAGAAGAAACAUACCGGAUUUCUUUUAUUAUUUCCUAAUGACAUAUUCUGUGUUGGUGUAUUUUUAAAAUUUAUUUAUUGGAAUACGCUAUAAAAGCUAUAUUCACUCACGAUCGGUUCUCGCUUUCAAGUAUAUGCAAGACACAAAGUAUAAAUAUAUAAUAUGUAUAUAAUGAAGUUAUUUAAUGAUGAAAUUAAUAAUAAUGGAAAGGGAUGUUUUUUUGCAAAAGACUGUAUACUGAGACGGAACACUUGCGUUAUAUACUUUGUAGGUACAAUAAACUGCUUUCCGAUUUAUAUAUUGGAGAAGUGAAUUAGAUUAGAAAACUGUUUGGUUUUAUUUUCUUUUUAUGUUCUUUUUUGUAACUACCAAAAAAAAACUUUCAAUUAUUUCGAAUAACACGUUACAACUGCAAUCGUCCCAGUGCACUCCUCAAAGCAAUAGAAUAUUAGUUUCAUAAUCAAAGGAACAAUCAUAUGGAAAAGCUGCUAAGUGUUCAAACAAUAUUCAUUUCUCUCCACUGUUAAUUAAUUAUGUUUUAUUAUGUAAGUAGAUGAAAGAGUAAAUAUUUUUUUUAAUGUAAUCUUUGUAUAAUUUAGAUGUAGACAAUUAUCCAAGUGUAAACAAAAUUAUACAAUUAAUUAAUACUAUACUAUUGUUUUU